AUGGCAAGAUUUGUAAGUGAUUGUUUUGCAUUUACAAAGCGGCGAGUUUUUUUGAUAACAUGGAUCUCAUUAGUCAUUUACAUUUUUUACGACACUUUUAUUUAUUACAAAUUUGAACGGCGUUAUUAUCAUCUGCGACGCAUAUUAGGGUUAGGGCUAUGCAUAUCAAGGGGAACAGCAACAGUUCUCAAUUUAUGCUGCGCGCUGGUCCUGUUGCCACUCUGCAAGAAGCUCAACCAACUUCUCUACCGCCUAUUGUCGAAAUUAUGGCCCGGCCUCUUCUUCUUCUGGCUGGAAAGAGCGAAGAGUUUCCACAUGACCGUAGCAGUUACUCUUCUUUCGUUUUCUGUGAUACAUUCGGCGUCGCAUUUCGUGAACCUGUGGAAUUUCUCCCGCAACUACGAGGAGCGGUGGGCGGAGAUUAACUUGGCUCGCUACAGGAACGAGAGUCCAUUUCGCCUGCUCCUAAGUAUGGCGGGCUUGACGGGCGUCAUGCUGCUAAUAAUUGCCAUCAGCAUGGGCCUGACGUCGUUGCGGAUAGUCCGGCGCAGGUUCUACAACGCGUUCUGGUACACGCACCAACUGUACUUUCCCUUCAUGGUCUUCUUAAUGAUCCAUCCUUUGAGCGGCGUCCUGAAGGAAGAAGUCAUAAGUGAACAUAACACUAGUCUUUACGCUAGUCAAAAAAGUUGGACGAACAGUUCAACUCUCCACACGGAGAAGUUUGUGCCGAUAAAGUCUAAGACAUGGCUUUGGAUGGCUUUACCUUUAAGCUGCUUCCUCUUCGAUCUUCUCUGGAGGAUAUUUUCCAGGAAUCGGGCCCGAGUUAACCUGUUAAAAGUGGGCCACAUGGCCGGGCGUACACUUAGCAUCACGAUGAGCUGCCCUGACCAGAGCUUCACUUGUAUAAAGGGCCAGUACAUGCUGCUGCAGUGCUUGGACAUCUCGCUGCUCGAAUGGCACCCUUUCACCGUUGUCAAGCUUCCGACGGCUAACCACAGGCAGUUUGAGGUUUGGAUAAGGGUCAAAGGGGACUGGACUGAGUCCUUGGAGAGACUAAUCCUGGAAAGAGGCGCAACUAAUGUCAGGAUGUUAAUGGACGGUCCUUUCUCGAGUCCUAUGGAGGGAGUGAGUAGAGAGGGAGUCGCGCUGUGCGUCGCCGCUGGUAUCGGUGUCACGCCGUUUGUGACGACCCUACACGAUAUGCUGGCGAACCCGAGAGCCCACCUGCCAGGGCGUGUGCAUUUAAUAUGGAUAGUGAGACGUGAAGUGGAGUUAGCAUGGCUUUCAGGGUUAACGGACAAAGUCAUAUCCGUGCUGAGGCGCGCCAAUCGUCCAGAUAGACUGCAUAUAGAGUUUUACGUGACGGGCACAGAGGACAACGGAACUGCGGAUAAAGAUAAAAAUGUACCUAAUGCUACUGUGGAUAAAGUUAAAAAUGGCCUAUCACACAUCGUUGUCGUGAACGAAAAGGGCGUCCUGACUCACGUUUUAGAUAAACAUGCAAUAGACGACGGGAAAGCUCAUCUAGAUAAACAAGAGAAGUGUAAUGAUGAGAGAGCAACUCUGCUCACGCCGAAUAGAAAACGCAAUGGUUGCGUGGAAACGGGAGUGGUGGGGAGAAGGGAGAAAGAGUUCGACGUAGCGAAAGAGUACCCUCUGGUUGGGUGCAGAGUGAGAAGGGGCCGACCUCAUUGGGACCGCGUGUUCGGUUAUUGGGUGCAUCUGUAUCCGGGGGACCACCUCAACCUAUAUUGCUGUGGACCAAAGAAAUUAGUGAAGUUAUUAAGGGGAAAAUGCAAAAGCGUAUCAAACCGUACCAAGACCAAAAUCACAUUCAUCCACGAGGCUUUUUCC